AUGGAUCCACUUCCGCCGAAACAGCCUAUUAGGCUACUUCGCCAUCUUCGUCUGUCCAUGCUGACGGUAUAUCGCCGCAUCUUCACCAUCAUCGUUCUCCUCAACAUGAUUGGUUUGUUCCUGCUCAUCCAAUCCCCCGCUAAACUGGAAGACAUGUCCACGUGGGCAUCGGCCAACUUCCUCGUGGCAAUUCUCUUUCGUCAAGACUGGGUCGUCAACAUCAUAUUUCGCUCUGCAUGGCUUGUACCCUGGAGCAUGCCUCUCCGCCUGCGCCGAAUGGUAGCUCGUGCCUACAUGUAUGGAGGAGUGCAUAGUGGCGCUGCUCUCGCCGGAACAAUGUGGUUCUUCACCUUCACUCUGAUGUUGACUGUACGCUUCGCUGGUGAAGGUCAAUACACGAAUCUGAUCUUCGUGAUCACCUGGUUCAUUCUGAUUGUACUUGCGAUAAUCUGCUUCCUCUCCUUGCCAAACUUGAGGUCGAAAUAUCACAACACAUUCGAAAUUACGCAUCGAUUCCUGGGUUGGUCAUCCAUCUUGCUAUUUUGGACACAGCUUAUGCUUCUCAUCAAGUCCAAAUCCUUUCAUAAGCAGGAAACCUUCAGGACCGUGCUCAUUCGUGCGCCAACAUUCUGGAACCUAUUGAUCCUCACUUGCUUGAUACUGGCUCCAUGGCUGCGCCUUCGUCGCUGGACCUUUACGCCUCAUGUCCUAUCCUCGCAUGCCCUUCGCCUUCACUUCACCAACCGCAUUCACCGAUUCUCCUGCCUGGCAAUCUCAAUCUCGCCCUUUGGUGAAUAUCAUCCCUUUGCCACGUUCCCCUCUACGAACCCUUCCGAGCCUGGCUCGUCACUCAUCAUUUCAGCCGCGGGUGAUUGGACCAAGGAACAGAUUCGCAUUGCUAACGACCUGAUCCGGGAGAACAACGCCUACAAUUCUGAAAAGAAGAUGACCUUCUGGAUCAAGGGCAGCCCCAAAGCAGGUGUGCUGUCCCUAACGUGCAUCUUCCAACGCGUCGUGAUCAUCACCACAGGCUCUGGCAUAGGACCGUCACUGUCCUCACUGGUUGAACGCCCCGUUGCGCAAGUCGCUCGCUUGAUCUGGAGCACACGGUCACCGGAACUCACAUACGGCUCUGCUAUCUGCAGAGAGGUCUCUAAUGUCGAUCCAGACGCAAUUGUCAUCGACACUGACACCAUGGGCCGUCCUGACCUCAUCCAAGUCGCCUGGAAAGUGUACAGCGAGAUGAAGGCCGAAGCUGUGUUCGUACUCAGCAAUGAAGCAACGACGAAGAAGGUCGUGUAUGGCCUCGAGAGCAGGGGCGUUCCCGCCUUUGGUCCCAUCUGGGACUCUUGA